CAACUCAAUGGUUAGUUGUUAUAGUAUACACUAUGCAGUGCAAACUGCAAUACUCACAAUAAGUAGUUAAUCAGUCUUGCUGUUGUGAACGACUUGUGUGUAGACGGUACAAUAGUAGCUAGUUUUUUUUAAAUUUAUAUACUUGGCAGAAUUUAAUAUAAACAGUGUUUUUUUCUUAAAAAUUUAUACGUAAUACACCUACUUGUUAUAAGCGUAUUCAAACACAAUAAUAUAUUAUAAUAAUGAACCCGUGUCGAAAGGAUGUGAUUAAUCUGUACAAGACUUUAUUACACAUGGGCCGUGACUACCCUCAAGGUUAUGAUUUCUUUAAGGAAAGAUUGAAAAAAGCAUUUCAACAUAACAAAGAUGUUGUUGAUCCAAAUCAAAUAAGAACUUUAGUAAAACGCGGCGAGUUUGUCGUUAAAGAAAUCGAAGCCUUAUAUAUGCUUAAGAAGUAUAGAACUUUAAAAGAAAGAUAUACACCAGAAGAGACACUGAAAGCAAAAUAAUUUUCUUUUUGUUUAAUAUUAUUAUUUUAUUGUAUAUUUGUAUAAAAUCUAUGUAAUGUGUACUUAAUAUUUGUAUUUAUUAUAGUUAAACCAUGUGGAAUAAAUACAUCAACUGAUUCAUUUAUUA